GUCAUGUGAGGCCCAGGUGGCGGUGGAGCUACGGCGAGAGAGUGAGCUAGAGAAUGGAAAGCCGGAAGGAGCACGAGUGAAGCAAAAGCGGGGAGAAGACAGCUCUCGAGCGGGCAAGGGGUACGCGUGCGCCCGCUUCUCCCGCCAGCUCUCCCUUGCUGGCAGGUGACAGCUGGGCCCGGUCCGCAGUGCACUGCCUUGUGCGCGAAGAGUGAGCGUCUUGCAUUCGCUUGCGGCUUCGGCCGCCCCUCCCCCUCGUCCGGUCCGUCCCGUCGCGUCGCGUCCCUCGAGUGACUGCGACUAGGUGCCGAUUCCAGGCGGUAGCCGCGGAGACAUAUUCUCACCAUCCGGUCUGUGUCCCGGAUACCCCGGCUGCUUUCCCCACCCCUUCGCGGGGCCGGCCGCUACUCCGGCCCCAGGAUGCAGAAUGUGAUUAAUACGGUGAAGGGAAAGGCACUGGAAGUGGCUGAGUACCUGACCCCCGUCCUCAAGGAAUCAAAGUUUAAGGAAACAGGUGUUAUCACCCCAGAGGAGUUUGUGGCAGCUGGAGAUCACUUAGUCCAUCACUGUCCAACAUGGCAAUGGGCUACAGGGGAAGAAUUGAAAGUGAAGGCAUACCUACCAACAGGCAAACAAUUUUUGGUAACCAAAAAUGUGCCAUGUUACAAGCGGUGCAAGCAGAUGGAAUAUUCAGAUGAAUUGGAAGCUAUUAUUGAAGAAGAUGAUGGUGAUGGGGGAUGGGUAGAUACAUAUCACAACACAGGUGUUGCAGGAGUAACUGAAGCAGUUAAGGAGAUUACACUGGAAAGCAAGGACAGUAUAAAACUCCAAGAUUGUUCAGCAUCAUGUGAGGAAGAAGAGGAAGACGAAGGCGAAGCUGCAGAUAUGGAAGAAUAUGAAGAGAGUGGAUUAUUGGAAACAGAUGAGGCUACCCUAGACACAAGGAAAAUAGUAGAAGCUUGUAAAGCUAAAGCUGAUGUUGGAAGUGAAGAUGCUAUUUUGCAAACCAGAACCUAUGACCUUUACAUCACUUAUGAUAAAUAUUACCAAACACCGCGGUUAUGGUUGUUUGGCUAUGAUGAGCAAAGACAACCUUUAACAGUUGAUCACAUGUAUGAAGACAUCAGUCAAGAUCAUGUGAAGAAAACAGUGACCAUUGAAAAUCACCCUCAUCUCCCACCACCUCCUAUGUGUUCAGUUCACCCGUGCAGACAUGCUGAAGUGAUGAAGAAAAUUAUUGAAACUGUCGCAGAAGGAGGGGGAGAACUUGGUGUUCAUAUGUAUCUUCUAAUUUUCUUGAAAUUUGUACAAGCUGUCAUUCCAACGAUAGAAUAUGACUAUACAAGACACUUCACAAUGUAAUGAAGAUCACAGAAUCUCUCCUAAUUAUUGGUUCUAAUUUUUAAAAAAUUAACCUAUAGAUGCAACCAUUUAUCAUCAGUAUAUACACUUUCUCUAAUAAAGGGACUUAUACGUUUAUGCAUUAAAUAAAAAAGUGUUCCACUACCAGCCUUAUUUGUUUAAUAAAAAUGAGUGUAAAGAGA